AAAAUAAGACACUUAUCAAUCCCAAAACGCAGAAGCCAUUGUCUUGGUCCUUAGCUCCGCCGCUCUGUUGAGGUUAGGUUUCUGCCGUCAAACUGCAAAGCAUAGGUUGGUUGUCGAUCGAUCUGCGCAGAGCUUUUCUCCAUCAAAGGUUGGUUGUCGAACGAUUUGCGCUAUUCUCCAUCAAAGGUUGGUUGUCGAUCGAUUUGAUCUAUUCUCCAUCAAAGGUUGGUUGUCGAUCUGCGCUUUUCUCCAUCAAAGGUUGGUUGUCGAUCGAUCUGCGCUUUUCUCCGUCAAAUUGCUAACUGAUUUAUUUACUUGUAAGUUUGAGUUUUGUAAGUUUGAGUUGUAGGACAAUGAAAACAAGGAGGUCUUAUUAUGGUAAAGACAGAAUCAGUGCUUUACCUGAUUCUCUUUUACUUGAAAUUUUAUCGAAUUUGGAAGUGAAGCAAGCUGUUCAAAUAUCCAUCCUCUCCAGUAGAUGGAAGGAUCUCUGGAAACAUAUUCCAGUUCUUUCUCUCCAUUAUAGAAACUUUAAAUCUACCCAAAGUUUCGCUGGGUUCGUUUCUCAGUUUUUCUCUGCUCGCACUACCAAAACCUCUCUGCAAGCUCUCACUUUUGAGUGCCUCUACUAUUUUGACCCUAACCUGCUCAAAAGGAUCAUAAUAUACUUAUUUUCACACAACAUCCAAAGGUUAGAUAUGACCGUGCCAUGUAGUCUUGAACACUUUCCACUUUGCACAAACGUUUCAUAUCAUUCUUUAACCUCUCUUAGACUUAGUGCACCCCAAGAAAUGGCCCAAUGGGGUAACGGUGUACCACUAUCAGUAUUUCCAAAUUCUCUUCAAUUUCCUGCCUUAACUUACUUGUUUUUAUCUUCCUUGGCCUUUCGCAUCACUACCGAUGAUGCCUAUGCUAACCCCUUUUCUGAAUUUCAAAGUUUGAAUACUCUGAUCAUUAAACGUUGUACGCUUUAUAAUGAAAAACAAAACAGUGUUGAAGAAUGCCUCCUCAUAUCAAGUGUUUCGCUUGUUAAUUUAACAAUAUCAUUGCCCGACGACUCUUACAAAUUGAAGUUAUGUACCCCAAAUCUUUGUAGCUUUCAUUUUAGUGGUGAGCCUUUACAGAAUCUAUGUGGCCACAAUAACAUUAACAAUACCAAUUUCUCUUAUAUUAAACAUGUAAAGAUUGAUUUACCUCUCACAAUUUUUCCCUCAAUUCUAUUAAAUUGGUUUAUGGAGCUUGCCCUUAUGGAAUCAUUCACAAUCACUUCAAACACUCUUAAGGUUCUCGACUUAACUCUGGAUUCAUUGAAGAUUGAUUUCCCUUAUUUACAUAACUUGAAGUUACUGAAAAUUGAAACAAAUAAAUUUUCAUCUCCACCCGAUGGAACAGCAGACCUUUUGCUUCAAAACGCACCGUCAGCAAAGAAAGUCAUUUCUCCAAGACGUACUUUGAGGGAUUUAAUCAAGGAAAAUUUGAGACUUCAAAAAAAAUUCCGAUACUGACAUGCUGACACUGGUGAUAAUUAAAUAAUAAUAAACACAAUGUCAAGUAUCGUUGCAGGUGUCCGACUCGGACAUGGUCGUUGCUACAUAGGAUUUAAUGUCCAAGAGAUCAGAAUAAGGAUACAUGCAUUAGUUUAUUUUCCAAGGGAUGAGAAGAAGCGUGUAUGUAGUGUGGCGAUCUCUAUAGCUAGAUAGCAUUAUUAAGACUUAUUUAUUUUCCCUGCAAUUUAUUGAAUUAUUGUUUUUAUUUUGUUUGUUGAGAAAGAUUUAUAUAUUUUAACAUUUUUGUGUCA